UUCUCCAAACCAACAAUGGCAGCCUCAAUGUUGAAAACCCAAUGCUUCAUCUUCUACCUCACCAUCAUCACCUUAUUCUCAACACUUGCCGUUUCCGAUCAUCGAUCGAACUCCGAUGUAUUCGGCAAAGACAUAUCUCCAUCAUCACUAGGGCUCAAACGAGAAAAGUUAUCCCACCUUCACUUUUACUUCCAUGACAUAGUCUCCGGAAAAAACGCGACCGCAAUUCACGUUGCCGGCACAUCCUCUAAUAACAGUUCCUUACCGUUGUUCGGCGACAUUUAUAUGAUCGAUGACCCUUUGACGAUCAACCCCGACAUCAACUCCAAAACGGUGGGAAAAGCACAGGGAAUGUAUGCAUACUCAUCGCAAACCGAAAUGAGCUUGUUAAUGGUGCUCAAUUUUGCUUUCACGGAAGGCAAAUACAAUGGCAGCACUCUCAGCGUUUUAGCUCGCAACGAGGUUCUUAACACCCUACGAGAGAUGCCGAUCGUUGGUGGGACCGGCAGCUUCCGAUUUGCUAGGGGCUAUGCUCAGGCUAGGACUCACUCGAUCACCCUUGUCCAUGCCAUUGUGGAGUAUAAUGUUUUUGUAUUUCAUUAUUGA